UGGAACAUCCCUUUCACGGCAUUGCAAGAGCUCACUGCAACAAUGGCGGCCAAGAAUGGAAGUUUUGACUUCGCCAAAGCUCUCGCUGGAAUUUCAACUAAAGACGACCACGCAGAGACAGCUACCACUGAUGACAACUCAGAUAACGACUCAUGGCAUCAGAAGACUUACUUCGACCUGGAUGACCCAAUGGACUGUGACGAGUAUGAGAGUAUGUUUAGCAGGGCUGAGGAGUUCUUUGAUGAGCUGGACAGGAAGAAGAAGACACCAGCCCUUAUCAACGCUUCAGAUAAAGAAAACCACAACUCUACAAAAACAACAGAAGAUGAGGAAAAGUGUCCGGAGUGGAUUGUGUCAAAUCUACCAUCACAUUGGAGCAUUCACUUGUCAAGGAUUGAAGAGCAACAAGCUCCCAAGAAGCUGACUUCUGAAGAAAAGACAAAACAACAGGAGGAGUUUAAGAGCUUGCCUUCAAGUGUGAUUGUUGAUCUUGAGAAAGCAGUUGUAGGUGGCAGACAGAAGUACAUGGAGAUGUGCAUACAGGACUACUCUGAACUGUACAAACCUUGUGAGGACUGCCCAAUCGUCACUGUGGAGGGGAUGACACAGACUCUGGUCGAGUCUUUGGUGGAAAGUUUAGAACAUGAAGAUUGGGAGGGCUUGGUUAUGGGAGCUGCUGAUGAUCCAUAUGGAGACACAUGGUUUUGGACCAAUCUGCACACUGUUCGAGCCCUUGCUGUGCACUUCAAUGUUUGCACCAAGAAUCAGGCAAAGAAUGUUGUUACUGGGCUGGAUCUCCCAUUCACCACAGCCAACAACUUCACAAAAGAACUUCUCAAUGUCAUGCUGUACUGGAUAAUGGACCCAGUGUUUGGGCCCACGCUAGCUGAAAUCAUCGGGGAAGCCACUUUGGAUGACGGAAGUCACAUUUACGAGUACCUUGUGGAGCCACUAGCGGAGUACAUUUGUCCACAACAAAGACAACUGCUGAAGUACAAGAAAGUCCGGGACAUCCUAGUGUUCUACCUGUGUGCAGAACUGGCAAGGUCCACAGGCACAGACAACAACAACAUACAGGUCAUGAAAUGUCUGGUGAAACUGGAUGGUCACGAGAGCUGGGCUAUUGUGGAAGAUGUGUUCAUCAGUGGGAGGUACUAUUCACGCUAUGGCCACUACUCCUACGUGGACUAUCUGGAAGGUCUGAAUUUAGGUGUCUCCAAAGACCUGAAUUCACUUCACAAGGCUCGAUUUGAGCGCAAACCAGAUGAUCCCUUUGUUGAGAAGAAUUGGAGGUCAUACGAGACACGCCGCUACAGACUAGAGAUGAAACAUAAGAAGAACUCGGAUGAUCCCAAUUACCGCGAGAUGCACCAGGCUAAGACAGAAGAUGCUGAGAAGAUGUUCAUACGAGUUUAUGAGUUUUUGCAGAAGAGACAAGAAGAAGGUAAAAGUAAGAAGAUGGGCAUACAUGGUGAGCUGUCGAGCUCUGUGAUUGAAGCAGUCAGAAAGAUAAAAGAAACCACAAUUACCGAUGUCAAAGAGUCAAAAGAACAGGUUCUGUCUAUGAAGAAGAAGAGUGGACCAACCAAACCAACGGAGAAGGUACCUGAAAAGAAGAGUGGCUCAACAAAACCAACAGAGACGUUACCAGAAAAGAAGAGUGCCUCAACCAAACAAACCGAGAAGUUACCUGAAAAGAAGAGUGGUUCGACCAAACAAACUGAGAAGAUACCUGAAAAGAAGAGUGGUUCAGCCAACCAAACCGAAAAGUUACCUGAGCGGAAGAGUGGCUCCAGCAAGAAGAGUGGCUCAACCAAACAAACUGAGAAGUUACCUGAAAAGCCAGUGGCAAAUGGCAGCAGCGUAUGUCCUGAAAAACUACAAGUGAAGAGACGCAAGAUCCGUGAGUGUGGCUUCUGUGGCAAGCUGUCCACACCUGAGCAGAAGUUCUCCAAGUGCGGGUCCUGUCUUCAUGUGUACUACUGCUCACGGGACUGCCAGAAACAGCACUGGAAGGCAGGCCAUAAAAACCAGUGCCGCAAGAAAUAGAUCACCUGAGAGAAACCAAAUGGCUUCAAGUGCAGCUUCAAUUAUAGUUACACUAGUUAUAAAGAUACCUAUGACAUUUGAACAACUGUUCAUGUUCACAUAAUGAUUGAGUAACUUGAGUUUCUAUCUUUUUAUAUGUUAACUUUAUUUCAGUUAUUAAAACUUCUGAUGCCAAUGGCACG